AUGUCUGCUGAGGAUAUGAUACAGAGUGAUAUGUGGUACAGUGGUCCCAGUUUUUUGAUGGAAAAUGAAGGCAAGUGGCCUCAAAUGCCUAUUGAUCUUAUCAUUGAAAGGGAAGACCCUGAAGUAAAGGCAGUAACGGCAGUAGAUGUUUCUACAGAAGAUGACAACGUCACUCAAUGGAUGCAUCGAUUUUCAAGUUGGACGAAAUUAGUGAAAAUCGUGUGUUGGAUAUUAAGAUGGCCACGUAUGCUGAAAUCCAGAAAUUAUCAAAACAACCGAUCAAUAUCAGUUAAAGAGUGGAAGUAUGCUGAGAUGGUAAUUUUCAAGUACAUUCAAAAUCAGUCGUUUUGUUCCGAAGUCGAUUCAUUGUUAAAUGAACAACCAGUUAAGAAAUCCAGCCCACUCAUAAAAUUAGAUCCUAUCAUAAAAGAUGGAGUUAUCAGAGUUGGAGGCAGGCUGAAAAGAUCUAAAAUCAGCGACGAAGCAAAACAUCCAAUUAUACUACCAAAAAAUCACCAUGUGACCGUGCUCGUCCUGAGAUAUUUUCAUUUCAUAACCGGUCACUCAGGAGUGGAGCACACCCUUGGCGCAAUACGUCAAAGAUUCUGGCCGAUGGGUGGCAGAGUGAAUUUGAAGUCAGUUAUACACAGAUGUGUUCAGUGCAGAAAGAUGACUGCACCUACUCUUCAGCAAAAGAUGUCCGAUCUACCAGCAGAUCGGGUGAAGUCAGCAAUACCCCCUUUUACAAAUGUUGGAGUAGAUUGCUUCGGCCCGUUCUAUGUGAGACAGGGUCGGUCAAGUGUCAAAAGAUACGGCAUAAUCUUCACCUGCUUAAAUAUCAGAGCAGUCCAUCAAGAAGUCUGA